AGAGAGAGAGAGAGUUGGCGUCUUUUGCCCUCUACGCAGCUUAAAACACGCAGAGGCAAACAUAGAGAGCCCCAUUGACACGUUUCAACUCAUUCAAUCCCAUUCUUCUUCAUCUCAAUAUAUAUCCCAACCCAACUUUCUAUAUUAUAUCGAGAUUUUAGAUUUUCGAUACUAAUAUCCAUCGAUAUAUAUAUCAGUUAAUACGGUCUCAUAUCGAUAUAUAUAGCAGAGAGAGAGAGAGAGAGAGAGAGAGAGAGAGAGAGGAGCUGUGAGCCAAAUUCACGAGAUGAAGGAAGAUAAAAAUUAAAGAAAAAAAAAGUGGAAGUACUUGGCUUAUCGCAUGUUUGCUUCACGCAAGCAGCUAACACUGUGUGUGUGUGAGAGAGAGAGAGUUUGCUUCAUCGCGUGGCUUUAAAGACUUCAUUUAGUGUUUAAACCCCAAAACAAAACAACCCCAAAACAAAACAACCCCCACCAAACCCUAGAACCCCAUCUUCUCUCUCUCUCUCUCUCUCUCUCUCCUCUUCAAGAACCACCACAAAGAAACCCUAAUUAUGUGAUGUCCAAAACCAGCAAACCCAAUUUCUCAACAAAAUGAGUGCAACCGCAAACCCUAGCAGCAGCGGCUCUGGUGGCGGAACUACCAGCGGAAACGGUGGAAGUGGCGGAAACGGUGGAAGUGGCGGAACCGGUGGUGGUGGUGCCGGGCCAUGUGGCGCCUGCAAGUUCUUGAGGAGAAAAUGCGUUGCCGGGUGCAUAUUCGCGCCGUAUUUCGAUUCCGAACAAGGAGCGGCGCAUUUUGCGGCAGUGCAUAAGGUGUUCGGAGCGAGCAAUGUGUCGAAAUUGCUUCUGCACAUUCCGGUGCACAGGCGGCCUGACGCGGUGGUGACAAUUUGUUAUGAGGCGCAGGCUCGCCUGAGAGACCCCGUCUACGGCUGUGUUGCCCACAUCUUUGCCCUCCAACAACAGGUAGUGAAUUUACAAGCAGAGCUUACAUAUUUACAAGCCCACCUUGCAACACUAGAGCUUCCAACUCCACCACCUCCGCCGCCUCAACCUCUCCCAAUGCCGCCGCCACUCACAAUAUUGGACCUCCCAUCAGCAGCCUCCAUGUCUGCUGCUAAUGACUUCUCAUCACUCUUUGAUCCAAUGGCACAAUCUUCGUGGGCAAUGCAGCAUUGCCAAAUCGACCCGCGGCAAUUUGGAGCCACCGGAGCUCUGACCGACAUUCCACCACCAGCCAGAGGCGGCAUUGGCAGCAGCGACCUCCAAUUGCUGGCACGAGAACUUCUACAUAGGUACGGGUCUCCACCGGUGCCAUGCUCUGAGGCUUCACCUUUGCCACCACACUCCAAGUGAGACUGACCCAAUUAACUUGGUACUUGACCCGAGAUCCUUGAUGGGUGGGGACCCGAAUCCAGAGUUUAAUCUCCUUUUUUAAUGGGCAAAGCAAUUUUCGUAUUUUUUAUUCUCCCUACCUUUCUUUGUUUAUUUACGAACACUAAUGAAAUUCAAUGUUAGUUUAUAUACAUCUUGCUGGGCAUAUCAUAUUUCAUUCAUUUUGUUUACUUAUUUUAAAGUUAGAUCUAUGUUCAUUUGGUGGAUCUAAAUUAUCAUGAGAUUGUUCAAGUUUGAGUCGAACAGGAAAUCGCUCAAGAAAAACUUAACAAGUUUAAAAAGUGCAUUCAAGUUUGAUUUGUUUAUAUUUCAAAACUAAUUUCCAAUGAGUUUCAACUUGAGCUGAUCACGAACCGAAUUGGAGUAGCUCGAUUUCCUAUACAGUUCCAUGAUGCAUAUAGGCUUAUCGAGCCAAACUCAGGAAA